GGGGUCGCUCAAGUGUCGGUCGCUCAAAUGUCGGUCGCUCAGAUGUCGGUCGCUCAAAUGUCGGGUCGCUCAAAUGUCGGGGCGCUCAAGUGUCGGCGCUCAAACGUCGGUUAAUCCCUUUUACUCUAUCCUGUAUCUGCAAAAAACACAAAGGAAAGUCGUCUUUCUUUUAUUAAGGUUGCUGUAGAUGCUGGCUGUAAAAGCUUUGUUGGUUCGCCAGGUUGUGUACAAGCUAUGACAAACAUUUGGUUUGAUAAAAUACAUCCAGAUCAAACAAAAAAACGGUAUCAAUUAACAUUAGUGUUAGGGUUUUUAACACUUGGUCUGACAGCACCGUUCAUGGUGCGAUUUCGGCCUAGGUCAGAUGAUAGUAUCCAAGCAGAAACUCUUAAACUUUAUGGUAUUAAUUACUCUGACCCAUAUGCAAUGGAAAAUCCAAAAAUAUUUCAAGGUGAUUUACAUGUUAACAAAUAUUUAUUACGUCUUAAACAUUUCCAUCAGGCAUCGAUAGUUAAAUUUUCCUAUCACUGUGUGCAAUUUAUACUUUUACUAUUAUUAUUCAGUUACGUGAUGUUAUUUACAUUUGAUCCGCCUACAGAUGGACUACCUUCGAUCGAUUGGACAGAAAUCUUGCUUAUAAUGCUCGUUAGCUGUAUGCUGCUUGAAGAAUUUCGUUAUUUUUUGAAUCAAGAUAAUUUAACACUAUGGGGAAAAUGUGGCACAUAUUUUCCCCAUUUGUUUAAACAACUUACUGUUUUGUCAUACGUUCUGUUUUAUGUUGGUUUGAUAUUAAGAUUUCGAAAUGUACAAUCACCAGAAAAUUUUGAUGCGGCAAGAAUAGUAAUGGCGUAUUGUUUAUGGUUUUGGUAUCUUCGGUCGUUAUCAUUUCUUAGUGCUCUACGGUUUGUGGGACCACAUUUAGUCGCUAUUGGAAAAAUGCUACAAGAUUUGAUGUUUUUUAUGAUAUUAAUAUUGUUGGUCAUGGCAGCUUACGGUGUUGCUAGUCGUUCAAUGGCCUAUUACGAUAUAAUGCGUGUUCACGGGUUUUAUGCAAGACACAUAUUCAAAGAUAUAGCGUAUCCGGUUUAUUAUCUUAUGUACACGAACUGGAAUAACGAAACAACAGCAUUGGAUACUUCUCCUGAUGCUUCAUGGGCAAUUGCAACACAUAUCCUGUUAGCAGUACAUUUGUUAUUAAUAAACAUAUUACUUAUCAAUUUAUUAAUUGCAUUGUUCAACAAACGAUUUGACCAAGUCCAUGAUGACAUAACUAAUAUCUGGUAUUAUCAACGUUAUUUAUUCAUACGUGAACACUACGAUCGACCACCAUUUAUUCCACCAGUUAGUCUUUUGUUUGAUAUUUGGUAUUUAUGUAAAAUGUUAUUUCACCGAAUACAACGUGCAAGAUAUAUGUACUCAAAUCCUGAAAUACGAGUGUUCAGUUAA